AGGGAGGGGCUGGCCUGGCAGCAGCAGAGCCAGCAUUGGGAACUGCUCCUGCUUGCACAGAGAUGAUAAUGGCGACAGGAGCAGGGCUGGGAUUUCUCCACUACACAUAAGGAUACAGAGGGAAAGUGAUCUGUGCCCGGCACUGGCCGCUGCUUUCUCACCGUGAUGGGCUUUAUCACCCCCGGAGUUCCCCUCCCCGUGCAAGACGAACCCCGGCGACAUCUGCAGCACCACUUUGGGAAUUUCAAUAAACACUUGCAGUUCUGAGACGGAUCCUGUGGCCCCUGUGGUGCUGGGGGCAGAUAAUACAGCGGGACUGCCCUCCUGGGGGGUUGAUCGGAUAACAAUGUCGGAUAGCAAGGUGAAAGUGGCCGUGAGGGUCCGGCCCAUGAACCGGAGAGAGAUGGAUCUGAAUACAAAAUGCAUUGUGGAGAUGGAAGGGAAUCAGACAGUGCUGCAACCUCCACCUGCCAACAGCAAGCAAGGUGACAACAGAAAACCGCCAAAGGUGUUUGCAUUUGAUUACUGUUUCUGGUCAAUGGAUGAGACAAACACUUCCAAAUAUGCAGGACAGGAAGUGGUGUUUAAGUGCCUUGGAGAAGGGAUUCUGGAUAAUGCCUUUCAGGGAUACAAUGCAUGCAUUUUUGCUUAUGGGCAAACAGGUUCAGGAAAAUCUUUCUCUAUGAUGGGUUCAGCAGAUCAGCCCGGCCUUAUCCCACGGCUAUGCUGUGCUUUAUUUCUGAGGGCCACAGAGGAAGAAAACGACUCUCAGACCUUCAAAGUGGAAGUUUCUUAUAUGGAAAUUUAUAAUGAGAAGGUCAGAGAUCUCUUAGACCCUAAAGGAAGUCGACAAUCCCUUAAAGUUCGGGAGCACAAUGUGUUGGGACCAUAUGUGGAUGGUUUAUCUCAGUUAGCAGUAACUAAAUUUGAGGAUAUUGAGUCUCUAAUGUCUGAAGGAAAUAAAUCUCGUACUGUUGCAGCAACUAACAUGAAUGAAGAGAGUAGCCGCUCUCAUGCUGUAUUUAGCAUCAUUGUCACUCAGACUUUGUAUGACCAUCAGUCUGGUAACUCAGGAGAACGUGUCAGUAAGGUCAGCUUGGUGGACUUGGCCGGUAGUGAGAGAGUGUCCAAAACAGGCGCUGCUGGUGAACGUCUCAAGGAAGGGAGCAACAUCAACAAAUCGCUAACAACUUUGGGUUUGGUUAUAUCUUCUUUGGCGGAUCAAGCUGCUGGGAAAGGGAAGAACAAGUUUGUGCCUUACAGAGAUUCUGUGCUUACAUGGCUUCUUAAGGACAAUUUAGGAGGCAACAGUAAAACAGCCAUGAUAGCCACAAUCAGCCCAGCAGCAGACAACUAUGAAGAGACUCUUUCUACACUAAGGUAUGCUGACCGAGCCAAAAGGAUAGUCAACCAUGCUGUGGUAAAUGAGGAUCCCAAUGCUCGAGUUAUUAGAGAAUUGCGAGAGGAGGUGGAAAAACUGAAAGAACAGCUUUCACAAGCAGAGUCUAUGAAGGCACCCGAAUUGAAAGAAAAAUUAGAAGAAUCUGAAAAAUUAAUCCGAGAGCUAACUAUCACUUGGGAAGAAAAACUAAGGAAAACAGAAGCCAUUGCUCUGGAGAGGCAGAAGCAGCUGGAAAGCAUGGGCAUCUCCCUACAGUCUUCUGGCAUUAAAGUUGGGGAUGACAAAUGUUACCUGGUGAAUCUCAAUGCCGACCCUGCACUGAAUGAACUGUUGGUGUAUUAUUUAAAGGAUCACAACAAAGUGGGUGCUGACACUUCUCAGGAUAUUCAGCUCUUUGGUAUUGGCAUUCAGCCUGAGCACUGUGUGCUUGAGAUUGCCUCAGAUGGAGAAAUUUCUCUCACACCAAUAGAAAACGCACGGACAUGUGUAAAUGGUGUGCAAGUCUGUUCUAGGACACCCUUGUGGCAUGGAGACAGAAUCCUUUGGGGAAACAACCACUUCUUCAGGCUCAACCUGCCAAAGAGGAAGAGAAAAGAUUGGCUGAGAGAGUUUGAGAAAGAAGCGAACUGUUCAGAGAUUGAUCUGGAUGCAACAAGUGAAGCUUCGUCAGAACCAGACUAUAAUUAUGAAUUUGCACAGAUGGAAGUUAUAAUGAAGGCACUGAACAGCAAUGAUCCUGUCCACAAUGUUGUCCAAGUCCUUGAGAAGCAGUAUCUGGAGGAGAAGAGAAAUGCUCUGGAAGAACAGCGGCUCAUGUAUGAGCGAGAGCUAGAACAACUGCGACAGCAGCUUUCCCCAGAAAGGCAGCAUCAGCACAGCAAUGAGCGUCUUUCCUACACGUCUCAAAUAGCACAGCAGAAAAUUAGCAUAUGGGCUGAAGAGAGGGAUGUACUGUUCAGACAGAGUCUUUCUAAGCUCAGGGAGCAAAUAGUCAAGGCUAACACAUUGGUGAGAGAAGCCAACUUUCUGGCUGAGGAAAUGAGCAAAUGCACAGACUAUCAGGUCACGCUUCAAAUCCCAGCAGUCAACCUAAGCGCAAAUCGUAAGAGAGGAGCGAUAGUAAGUGAACCAGCCAUACAGGUGAGACGGAAGUGUAAAGGCACUCAAGUUUGGAAUAUCGAGAAGUUGGAGAAUAAGCUCAUCGAUAUGAGGGAUGCUUACCAAGAAUGGAAAGAAGGACCAAUUGAGAAUAAAAGACUUAUUUAUAGGAAAGGGGAUCCAUUUUAUGAAGCUCAAGAAAAUCACAACCUUAUUGGAGUGGCAAAUGUUUUCCUAGAGUGUCUAUUUUAUGAUGUUAAACUUCAGUAUGCAGUGCCUAUCAUCAGCCAGCAGGGGGAGGUUGCAGGACGACUUCACAUCGAGGUGAUGCGGAUAACGGGUGUGGUUCCUGAGUGUUCAGUUGGUGAUGACUCAUCAGAGAAUUCUAGUGAAAGUGGUAGCUUUGAAAUCAUAGAAAAUAGUGGGGAAAUAAUCUACCGGCCAAAAAAACUGACAUGUCGUGUCAAAAUUAAAGAAGCUACAGGCCUUCCGUUAAACCUAUCAAACUUUGUGUUCUGCCAAUACACCUUCUGGGACCAGCCUGAACCUACGGUAGCUCCACCCAUGGUCAACCCCGACAUGCCUUCACCUCGAAGUAAAGAUGCUCAGUUUACGGUUACAUUUGCACAUUCUAAGGAUUAUGUGGUGCAUAUUACCGAAGAGUUUCUGGAGUUUAUUUCUGAAGGGGCUCUUGCUAUUGAAGUAUGGGGUCACAGGUGUGCUGGAAAUGGAAGAUCCUUAUGGGAAAUUGAUUCUCUUCAUGCUAAGUCUAGAACUCUGCGAGACAGGUGGAAUGAGGUAACCCGGCGAAUAGAAAUGUGGAUAUCUAUACAUGAACUGAAUGAGAAUGGGGAAUACGUGUCUGUGGAGUUGCAUCAGGCAAAGGAUGUGAACACUGGCGGUGUAUUCCAGCUCAGACAGGGUCAUUCCAGAAGAAUCCAGGUGACUGUGAAACCUGUUCACAAUUCUGGCACAUUGCCUCUGAUGGUUGAAGCCAUCCUUUCUGUUUCAAUGGGCUGCAUCACUGCCCGGUCCACUAAGUUACAGAGGGGGCUGGACAGUUAUCAGAAAGAGGAUGAUGUUGGUGGUGAUGAUAUGGAUAGUUACCAGGAGGAGGAUUUGAACUGUGUACGUGAAAGAUGGUCAGACGCACUGAUAAAACGCAGGGAAUAUUUGGAUGAACAAAUUCAGAAAAUUAUCAAUAAACAAGAGAAAAGUGAGGAUGAUAUUGAGCGGGAAGCAAGACUGGUCGAGCAGUGGGUGGGCCUAACGGAAGAGAGGAAUGCAGUGCUAGUACCAGCACCAGGAAGCAGCAUUCCUGGAGCACCAGCAAACUGGACUCCGCCAUCUGGAAUGGAAGCACACAUACCUGUCCUCUUCCUAGAUCUCAAUGCGGAUGACCUCAGUGCCAGCGAGCAACUUGUGGGAUCACAUGCAGCAGGUGUUAAUUCCAUAUUACCAAAGGAGCAUGGGAGCCAGUUUUACUACCUGCCAAUCAUAAGGCACAGUGAUGAGGAGGUUUCAGCCACUGCUUCCUGGGAUUCUGCAAUCCAUGACUCAUUGCACUUAAAUAGAGUUACUCCGCAGAAUGAGCGAAUCUAUCUUAUUGUAAAGGUCACAGUGCAGCUCAGCCACCCGGCUGCUUUGGAGCUGGUUCUUCGGAAGAGAGUUGCUGUUAAUGUAUAUAACAAGCAGAGUUUUACACAAAGCCUAAAAAGACGAAUGUCUGCCAAGAACUUUCUCUAUUCCUGUGGUGUAAGCUAUGAAAUCGUGUCCAAUAUCCCAAAGGCAACAGAAGAGGCAGAAGACAGAGAAACCUUAGCUUUGAUGGCAGCACGGAGUGAGUAUGAGGCCACAUCUGAUGGAGAAACCUACAUUGAGAAAUACACACGUGGAGUGCUGCAGGUGGAGAAUAUUUUGGGCCUAGAGCGAUUGAGGCAGGCGGUCACAGUUAAAGAAGCAAUUUCAAACAAAACUAAGCACAUUCGGAGGAGCCUCAGCACCCCCAACAUGCACAAUGUGUCAUCUAGUCGUCUGGACCUAUCUGGCUAUGAGGAGGAUGACAAGGGAUCAGAAAACCAGCUAGAUGUGUCGGAUUACUCCUCCAGUUAUAAGGAUACGUCAUGUUACGGAAGUCAGCUCAUCGAUUCUCCUAGAAGGAAAGACAAUGGAGGAGGUGGACCACCAGAAAGCCCACAAGCCUUACUGACAAGUCCAUUCAAAACUUUCUCUCCUCAGCCAACAAAAUUUUUUAAGCCGCUUAUGCCUGUCAGGGAAGAACACAAAAGAAAGGUCCCGGUUGAAAGCCAGCCACUGCUGAGCCAAGAGAGCAUGCCUUCACCCCUGACAAAUAACACUAGCAUUGCUGUGUCCUCUGAAUCUAAUGCCAGCUGCAUGCCAGUAGAAACCAAUAAUAUUCAUGAAGAUGCCAUUGAUUCUGAAGAAGAAGAACUUGAAUUUGAAGGAGCCAUUAAAAAAGAAAUGUGUUCCUCCAAUGUUCACAAUUUCAAGCCUUAUGUACCAGAGGAGUUUGCAGACUUCACUGUUUACAAUGCUAGUUUGGACGACAGGGACUGGACCACCUCUAAAACAGACCUUGUCUUCUCCCACUUCUUGGAUAAAGAUGUUUCACGGAGCCCCACCUUUAGCAGUGUUACGAGUGGCUAUGUGUCCCACAGUGCUUCUAAUGCUACAUUGUCAGACAUUGUGGUUGCCUCUAGUGAAAGUAUGGAUCAACUAGCCCCUCAAGCAAGAGAUUCUGAAAUCCAAGAAAUGACUGGACACCAAUAUGUACAGAAUUGCAAAUCUUACAGACAGAAAGAGUUCAAAGACAAGUGUACAGAAAUUCCCUUCAGCCCAUCAACCUUUACAGAAAACAGUGCUUUUGAUAAAGCACCGCAUUGUAACAGUGAGAAAACUGCUGCUGUAAUGUGUAGAAGUGUAUCUUCUUCGUCUGUGGACAGUAACAAAGGAAACUCUGUGAGAUGUUUGCCCUUUGAAGUUGCUGUGGAACAUACUUGUGAUAUUUUGGAAGAUUAUUCAUUUACUGAAUUCAUGGGGGUAGAAGAUGGAAAAGAAUUUGAGCACCACGUAGAGACUUCCAUUUGCCCAUCUAAUGGGGAAAAUGAUAGAAUAGAAUUUGAAGGGUAUGGCUGUGCUAUAUCAGAGCUCCCAUAUGAUGCAUCUGAGCAGAACCUGCCAGAACAAAGUCUCGGAAACACUGACGUGUGCACUUCUCAAACGUGCUCUACUGACAGUAAUUUUCUUGCAAGGAACCAUCUACAUCUUGCAGACAGUUGUGAAGACAAUCCUUCCCAUUCUUCACUGUGCCUCCUUUCCCUAGGUGAUCACGUAUGCAUUGGGGACAACAAGUUUGGAACUGUGAGAUAUAUUGGCACCGUGGAUUUUUCACGUGGAGUAUGGGUUGGUGUUGAACUUCAUGUACAGUUAGGCAAACACGAUGGCACGGUUAAAGGCAAAGAAUACUUUCGCUGCAAACCCAAAUAUGGAGUAUUUGUCCGACCCAAUCGGCUAACUAAAGCACUUGGCUCCACAAAGAGAGACCGUAACAGCACUUUGCAGGCUCAGACAUGUAACACAGAGAAACAGAAAAUUGUUGCCUUGAAAGGAUCUCCAGCACCCAGGACAGGAGAGAAAGCACACUAUCCAGCUGGGAACGAAGCUGCAUCGGCUUUUUCUAGGAAGCAAGAGAACAGGAAAUCCUGGAUCAACUAAAAUGCAGUAUUUGCACUUACUUCACAUCACUUGUGUAUAAACUCAUAUGGAUUGUUAAAAAAAGCUAUUUUUGUACAGUUGUACAGUUUUAAUUCUUGUGAAAUGUUUAUUUGGUUCUAGUCCCGAAUGUUGGUUUAACAGUUUUUACAAAGGUCUAAUUAGUUUGUCUGCCUUGUGGGCAGGUUGGUUGCUGCUCACUUAAAGCAGGACUAAAAAUUGGUAUGUAGAUAAAUGACUGGUACAGGCCUAUUCUUAAAUGAUCACAGUGGAUUAUAUUUUAAUCUGAAGAUACAAAAACCUUUUUUUCCUAAAAAAAUAAAAUAAACUGAAUAUACAUAACUGGGAAAAAGGCACUGGAUACUGUUUCUUAUUUACCAAAGAACCUGUGUUAAGGUGUACCUGUCGCCUACAAUGGUGUCCAGUUUAGGAGAUUAUUUGCUAUUUCUAGGGCAUUCUGGGACAGAUGAUAAGUAAAGUUUCUAGUGAACUGAAUAGGUUAAAUAUUGGUUCAACUUUUAAUAAAGAUUGCCUGCACUAUGUAUAGGUAACGUGUCCUCUUCCACCAGAGAAACCUAUUAGAAUUUUUAUCUUGGGAUGGCCAUAUAAAUAGUUUUACUACAAAAUAAAAUGAGCACCUUGUUGCCUUAUUUUGGUUUUUUUUUCACAGCAAGCUCUAGCAACAAGUUAUUAUACUGACUUAGUUGAAUUACGAGUACCCACUCGUAGUUCUAUCCUACCUCUUUUUUUAGUGUGGGAAACUGUGGUGUGCAUCAGUGUGUAUAAUGCAGUAUUAGCAACUCAGCAGGAUAACCGACACAGAUUUUCUAAAGCGCUAUUCUUCAAUGCUUACCCACUAAAAGCAGCUGUAAAGAAAAAUGACAAAUUAGACUUUGAGAGAGAAAUCCUUAUAUGCUAUUCAGAGCACAUUAUACAACUGUAGUCAUUGUCAUCAUUGUAGCUGAUCAUCUGUAUGGAGUAAUAAGAAAUAAAGGAGCUCAUAAUGCUUUGAAAGGGGAAUAUGUAUAAAGAGUAAUUAGUAACUGUGCAGUUAAUGCUGGUAAAGAGCUGCCUACACACGCACUUAUUUUAUGUAUUUUAACGUAUUUAACGUAACUGCCUAAAGCUAUUUGCAUUGAACAUAACAUUCUGUAUAUAAUACAUAUGCCAUUUUGAACGCAUAUAUUAAAAAGAUUGCACACUC